CCACUCCCCAAGUGCCAUUUUGGGUGGUUGUAUAAACAAAAUUCUAUACAGUUUUUGGAGUUGUCCUGAACCCACUGGCCAAAAGUCGGCGUGACAUCGUCAACUUCAUCACCCUCCACCCCGUCCUUUGGUUGCGCCUGUUGGUCUGCCAUGUACGGAGCUCACGCCUGUUUCCCAGUCUGACCUGUACAGAGAUUGCACAUGCCCGGUGUCCAAACACACAUGGUUUGAGAUGCGGUCACCAGUCGAGUAUGUGCAGCCUGCUUCCUGUUUUAAACAUCAACAGUACUGCCACGGCGGAAUAACAUUUGAAUAACACUUGAUAACACUUGAUUUACAUCAUCAUCAGCAUUCGGUCUGGUUGGCGGAUAGCCUAUGCGCAUCAGAAAGACACAGUAGAGAAGAGAGGCUGCAUCUACGACCCUCCGACCCAACUCCAUCCCUUCCUCCGUCGGGAGUUACACGUGUGUGGCAGGGCAGCAGCAACACAGAGGGAAACGUGUGAUGUGGGAACCGUCGCACCUCCAGUGGCGACACAUCUUCGCUAAAUGAUGUACAAAUUCUAACAGGUUCUUAAACCGGUAAUUGAAAAGAAGAGGCGUGAUAGGAUAAACCAACGGUUGGAUGAGCUAAGGACUAUACUGCUAAGCAACACUUCUGACAUGCGGCUGAAAAAUCCAAAAUUGGAAAAAGCUGAAAUAUUAGAGUUGACUGUCGAUUACAUACGAAGAAACGCAAAUGGGAACGACAGAAAAGCCCUUUCAGAAAGUCAUGUGAAAGAGUCCUCUGCUCCAGUGACUAGUGCUGUGAGUUCCAAAAGGACAGGCCUCAUACAUGAGCACACACAGCCCCCACCCAACCCCAUCUACAGUGCAGGUUUCAGAGAAUGCAUCUCCCGCCUGGGCAACUACAUUGACAGCGUGGACCCCUCCCAGAGAGAGAGCUUUGUCCAGGAACUGAGGGACCACCUGGAUGCCCACAGUGCCUGCCCUCUGGGGAGGGUGCAUAGCCAGACCUUUCCCCUGGACCUCCAGCCCUGGGGCUCUGGAGCAGAAGGACAAUGCUUACUGGGCAGAGUUCAGAACAGGAAGGAAAGUACAGGGAUGGGUCAUCAACGAGCCAUCAGGGAGGCCACCUUCCCCUACAUCAACACCUCUCUUCACAUCUAUCCCAACACCUUUGUACUCCACCACCCCCACCCUACCCAACACCUCUCACACCCAUACCCAUCUCCUCCUUACUCCCUCUCCCCCCCACCCUCCCCUUCUUACUCCAGCUCCUCGACACCUAUCGCCAUUACCUCUCCAUACCUCUCCAUGCCCUGCCACUUCCCCUUCUCUCCUUCUCCCUCUGAACAUCGAUCAGAUUCCUUGUCUUCCUCGUCUCACUCUACAUCUCCACUUGUGGCUCCUCUGGUACCAGACCAUACUCCCCUGGGUUCCAGUAUCCCCACCCCUCUAUGUCCCUCUGGCCCUGUGCCCGACGGCCCAACAAGGACUCUGGGGCAGUCACUGUUUCAAAUCCAGCCCCAGGCAAUAUGGAGGCCCUGGCCCUGAUAUCCAAUGGAGGCUAAGUGAAAUCCACCAGGACACAUAAAGGUCUCCACAAUCUGUGUUCUGAGAGCAUCUGGCCAUCCAGAUCAUCACCGGACGCGUUCAGGACAACAUUCAUCUUUCCUAUUAAGCAGCGCGUGGUGAGGGCCGGCUAAGAUAGAAAAAAUGUCAAGAGGUCAAGGACAAUCAAAAGUUUUCUGACAACAUGUCACUGUCACUUUAAAAGGCCUUUUAACAGACAGAAGAGUUCUCUGCUGUGUUGUGUUUUCUACAGAGCGUACUGUGUAGACUGCCUGGAGCUUCUCGUUGUUUUCUUUGUCAUGGACAAUGGAUUUUCUUCUUUUACAUUCCUAAACAGUUUUUCCCUGUCUUGGAUUCUUCCCUAAAUUAUAAAUCAUGUAAAACAUUGUAUAUAUAUUUAUAUUUGAUCAUGUACAAAGUCUUGUAAUUAAACUCAGGGGGAAUAAAGUUCUUA